UGCGAUUUCUGAUUGUUGCCUUCCUAGCCUGAGACAUACAAAGGAAAUCGGAUUGUGCAUGCAGAGGGCGUUUGCGACGACGAUACAAAACGCUUGGUUUUAAAAGCUUUGUUUCUCUGCAGCUCCGAGCAUUCAAUUGCCGAGCUCGAGGUCCAUUUCUGCUUCGAGACUAAAUAGAGGCAGUCAAGGUAAAACGAGCUGGUGUUUGUUUACAAUCUUGUCGUUCCGUGGACUGUGAUUGAGGUAGAUAUUGGAGCUUGGACAAGCCGGAGCAUAGCUCGAUGAGGCUGUAGACAAGUAAGGGAUAGUGGUGUGUUUCAGUUCUGGAAAUGCUCUUGAAUGAGGGAUAAGGUGUCGAGCAAGUGAUGAAACAAGGGAGGGAGCACGUUCUUGCUUGAGGUGAUGCUGAAACUGGGGCUUCGGUGAGAAAUUGUCCUGAGUCUUUUGCAAUUAUCUGAGGAGCUUCCUGGAGCUAAAGGAGGGAGCGAUGGAGCUUGCUUCGCUGGGAGCGAAGAUGUCGUUCUUGGCAGAAGUUUUUAGUCGUGGACGUAACCAACCUCGACGGAAGCAAUGAGCAGCCGUGCCAGUCGCACCAUAUAUGUCGGAAAUCUGCCCGGUGACGUUCGUGAACGUGAAAUUGAAGAUUUGUUUUACAAGUAUGGUCGCAUCGUUGAUAUCGACCUGAAGCUUCCUCCUCGACCACCUGGGUACUGCUUUAUAGAGUUUGAGGAUGCUCGAGACGCGGAAGACGCGAUUAGGGGUCGAGAUGGUUACAAUUUUGAUGGUAACAGAUUGCGGGUUGAACUUGCUCACGGUGGGAGAGGUCCUCCUUCAUCUGUGGACAGAUACAACAAUUACACUGGAUCUGGUGGUGGAGCAGGCCGAGGAGCCGACGGAGGUCGUACAGGUGGCGUAUCUAGGCGGUCCGAAUACAGAGUUAUCGUGACUGGGUUACCUUCUUCAGCGUCUUGGCAAGACCUGAAGGAUCACAUGCGGCGUGCUGGGGAUGUUUGUUUUGCUCAGGUGUUUCGCGAUGGGAACGGUACAAUGGGUAUCGUUGAUUUUACCAACUAUGACGACAUGAAAUAUGCUAUCCGCAAGUUGGAUGACUCAGAGUUUCGAAAUCCGUUUUCUCGUUCGUUCAUUCGGGUGAAGGAAGACAAAGGCUACGGCUUCAGAAGGUCCGCCUCCCGAAGUGCGAGCCGAAGUAGAAGUCGAAGCCCUGGUCGCACUCGAACUGCAAGUAAAUCUCCGCAUAGUCGAUCAGCAUCUCGCUCUCUAUCGCACUCGAGGUCGAGAUCAAGAUCCCAACGACGUUCGCUUUCCGCAUCCAAGGAGCACAGCCGGAGUGUCAGCUUGAGUCACAGUGGUUCCCGCUCACCUCUACGAACGAGGAGUUCGAGCAACCCACCGAGAAGCCGGAGCACCAGUCCAAAUGCGAAGGAUAAAGUGAUCGACCCAAACUUCAGCGCAUCACCACUUCCGCAUGAAUGAGAGAGAACGUAGGUGGGGCGUCAUUCGCAUUUUCUAGGUCAAUGUGCGAGGAAAUGUCUAUCCACCAACAUUUGUUGGAUGAGCCACGAAAUUGGUUUGCACAAAUUUUGAACCUUUCAAGCAGCUUGGAUGUAUUUCUUGCUUGAUCUUAGGACCGUUGAAGGAUCAUCCUUGGUUGGCAUUUGUGCCAUGUUUUCAAAAAUAUAUAAAAAGGAAUUGUCG